ACAACAUCACGUGCCAAUUUAAGAUUGAAUUGCUUUAAUAUUUUGUAUAAAAAGUAGCGAAAUUAAGUAAUAGUAUGUUAGUUGACUUCAUCGUUAAUCACAAAUUAAACAUGAAAUUGAUUGUUGCUCUUGUUGCAUUUUCCGCUGCAGUUUGUUUGGCUACAGCAAAUCCUAUUUUUGGUUAUCCUUAUGGAAGUUUGAACUAUGGAGGAUCACCUUAUUAUGGUUCUUCUUAUUAUGGUUCACCCUACAUUGGAUCGCCUUAUGUAAAUUCACCAUAUUAUGGUGGUUCACCUUACCUAGGAUCACCAUACCUGAAUUCACCUUAUGUAGGAGUAGGCCCACAAAAUGUUAUUGCACCAGCAACGGGAGUUAUUGGUACUACUAAUCAAGCUGCUACUUCUGCUUCAGCUACAUCUUCAGCUACAUCAUCUUCUUCAAAUUCAGCCGGCAAUACUCUUGGAGUCGGUAAUGCUGGAUUGAGUCCAUACCCAUAUGGAAAUAUCUUUGGUUAUGGAGGAUACAUAUAAAUUGAAAGAUAUUUUUGAAUAAAAAGCAAGAAUGCUUUAAA